AUGGAAGACAUUGUGCAGUUAUGUUCAUUGUAUACAGUGGAGGAUGAGUCUACGGGAGCAGUGCUUGGGUCUGUUCUUUCAUUUAUGCUCCAAAGAACAGCAACAGUUGCACUCUCCAAGAUGUCUGCAGUGGAACGAGGUAUGUUAACAUCUCGCCUCAUUCAAGCAGGUGGACUGCAAAAUGGAGUAUGCCAGCGUUUUCUUUUUGAGGAACUUUGCCCCCCAUAUAGCACUAUUGCUUUGUUACAACAAAGUCAUGAGACUUACAUGAGGUCUGCUGAGCGUAUGCUGGUAGAUUGGGAGAGGGAAACCUCAACCGGGAUUCUGCGUCGAAGGAGGGGUUCUAUACCUCUCUUAUCUCUUCUCCGUAGUGAUAGAGGUGUGGAGGGGCACCGUCCACCCGUGGAGUUUUUUGGAAAGGGUGCAGAGGAGUUUUUAUCUGCACUGCUUCAUGCAUGGAAUCCAAACCUUACACCACUUCCUUUAUCGCUUGGAGAGUUGCCUCCUGGUCUCGCCACCUAUUUAGCACUACAAUAUCCUGUUCACACACUACAACUGUUGAGAAAGGUAGUCUUGGAGCCGUCUUUGCCAGCUACAUGGAAAAAUAUAUGGAGACGUUUUUUCUUGUCUGAAACUAACUCAGCAGGGGGUGGUGUCUCUACUAUACAUGAUUUACUAACACAAGGGACAUGUGCUGAUUUUUGGCCAUCACUUUUGAAUGCUUUGGUGCAUCCUUUACUGGGUAUAUCUAAGAAUGAUGAUAAAAAUGUUAAUGAUGAAGAAGGGGCUACAGAGUCAAUAUCUUACGAGGGGCCUACAACGUUUGUCACACAUGCUAUGCUUUCUCUAUGGUUACAAGAAAUUAAGCAAUACGAUGAUUUAGAAAAAACCCGGAAAGUUAUCGAAAAUAUUGAAAUGAACGAAAGAACGUCAAAUUUAUCUUUUCUUCAUGCGUUAUCUUUGGGUUUACGAUUAGUGGAGAGAGAUACGAACUCUUUAUCAGAUGGGGAAUUACAGCAGUACUCUUUAGCAGUACUUCGUGCUGCGUAUGGACUUAUGCUUACACUCUAUCAUGGAAAUAAUAUGGCUUCACAUUAUGUGCGUAGUGCUCUAGAUCAUCCAGAUGUUAACAUAUUUGUCCCUUCUUUUGCAGAUUUAAUUAAUGAAGAGUUUCGAUUUAGUGGGAGUGAACUUUGUUGUAGUACCCCCGCCUUUAUUGCCGCCUUGACGUUGCGACUUCCUCUUGCGCAGCUGUAUAUUGCCGAGCAAAUCUGGCGGGUACUUGAGUUAAGAGUUUCCCAUGAUUCAGGGAACGACAUUUCUGAUGAAGAGAUAUCUGAAGUUGAAACACGACUUCAAGUCCUUUUGAACAGUUAUGCCUACAGUGGCAUUCCUCUUGAGACUAAAGAAGAACAAAAGAAGGUUGAGACGCAACCUCUUCAUAGUUCAGUUGGGUCAUCUGAAGAAGGUAAAAAGGAACAUGGAGAAAAUCAACGCCGUACGUUUAGCUUGAAACGAACACGUGAUGAUGGAAAACCAUCCCAAGCGGUUAAUGAGGUUGAUAACAAAAAUAAUCUUUCUCUAGUUUCACCUCCUACGACUUUGGAAAUUGCAGAAAUGGCUUCACGAUUUUCUAGUGCUUUAGUUGAUUUUGCUGUGGAAGAAGUUGCACCAACAAAAACCUUGCUUCACAGUUCAUCACCGCUCUCAACAUUUCCUGCAGGAUCAGAUGGUAAAACAACAUCUAAAGCUCCUCGUUUAUUUCUUGUAACACCUUCACACUUCAAAGGAAUUUUAGGAUUGUACUCUACCUCUUCUCAUUCUCUCUGUUCUAGGGCAGUACAAGAUGUUUGUUGUGUCUUAAUGUCUGUUUUUCUUUACCGACUAUGCACAACGCUGCAACAAUGGCUACUAAACAAGAUAAGUGUUGAGCGGAAAGUAACAGUAAUUGAUCGAUAUUCAUGGCACAUGCAACGGUGUCUACGUUUCUUUUCUGGUUUAGGUGUAUUUCGCUACGCUCCAGUGACUCGGGUGUUGCUACCAGAAUGCCUACGUCAGAUGGAGGCAGAUGCGAAGGAGCGUGAGAAAUCUGCGGAAGGCAAUCUUGAUGAAAUAGUGGCAGCACAAAAAGUGAAGAUGUCUUUGGAAAAGUUUUGUGGUCUUAUAAGAAGGAGUCUUUGA